AUGUCUGUUGUCAGUCACAACGUUGGUAGCUUUGCCACCACCAAGCGUCGGAGUCUCGAGUGCGAUGAGCCCCUGCCCACCUUGGCCGAGGAGAUCACUCCAGGCUGGCUGUCCAAGGUCCUAGGAGUCAGAAUCGAUGGCUUGAAAAUCCAUGAAAUCAUCCAUGGCUCGGGAACCAACGUCCUCAUCGAAGUAGCCUACAACAAGAACCAUGCCUCCUCCAAGAAGCUCCCGCCGACCCGGCUCUGCGUCAAGGGAGGCUUCAACCCGCAGCUCCUGGAGAUGCUCCCCUCCCUCUUCGCGGUCUACCGCCUCGAGGCCCAGUUCUACCACCACAUCGCCCCGCUUGUGCCAGGGCUACGGCUCAUCCCCACGCACUGGUGCGGCACCGACCCGCCCACGCGCGCAAGGGGCCAGGGCAUCGUGGUGAUGGAGGACGCCAAGGCGGCGGGGUACACGUUCGGCGACCCGCUGCACACGUGGCCGGUGUCGCGCGUGCGGGCGGGCCUCGUCCAGCUCGCGAAGCUGCACGCCCGCACCUGGGGCGCCCGCGAGCGCGACUUCCCCGGCGUGCCGCGCGAGUUCGGCCUGCGCGACGUCAUCACCGGCAUGAUGAGCCCGGAGCACUGGGCGCUGCGGUUCGACGACCCGGCCGUGCGGCCGCCUAUACCGGAGUACCUCUGGGCCAACCGCGAGAGGGUUGUCAGGGGGAUGCAGGCGCUGUGGGCGAAUGCGGACCGGCGGAUGGUGUGUUUGGUCCAUGGUGAUACGCAGAUUGGCAAUACUUUCAUUGAUGCGGAAGGACAGCCUGGAUUCUUGGACUGGCAGGGUGUUCAUGUGAACUCGGGUGUGCAUGACGUUACGUACUUUAUGACUGGGGCCCUUACUAUUGAGCAGCGAAGGGCUCACGAGAGAGAGCUUUUCGGCUUCUACUUGCUUGAGCUGCAUCUGGCUGGUGGGCCCAAGUUCGAGGUUGAAGAUGUCUGGGAUGAAUACCGCAAAUACCAAAUGCAUGGCUUUGCCUGGGCUCUUGCUGGACCCAUGAUGCAACCGAAGGAGGUGGUCGACGCAAUUUCACAGCGUCACUGUGCUGCAAUCAUGGAUCAUCAGAGUUUGGAGUUGCUCGAGUCACUUUCAGUAUUCCAGUCUGGAAAAAGAGACAGGCCGGAGAUCAGGAGUCGUUUGUAA